CCCUCGUCUCUCUCGCUUCCUCGGAUUCCUCCGCCUCCAUCUCUCUCCCCCCAAAACCCACCGUUCCGCCGCGGAGCCGGCCCGUAAGGUUCGUCGACCGCGUCCUGCUCGAAUGUCGAAUCGGAGCAUCCCGUUGCUUGCUGUGUUGCUGGUGUGCUGCUCCUCCUCUUCUUCUCGUUGCUCUCGACGCGCUGCGUUUUUGUCUCCGUGCUUUCUUCUCUCUCUCAAUUUGGAUGCACUUUUCGGGGGUUUCGCGGCUCUUCGACCGCGCCGCGUGUUUGCUCUCGACGCGCUGCGUUUUUGUCACCGUGCUUUCUGCUCUCUCUCAAUCUGGAUGCGCUUUGCGGGGGUUUCGCAGCUCAUCGACCACGCCGCGUGUUCGUGGCGGUCGAAUCCUUGUUUUGCCUGCUGCUGUUUGCUUAUGGUCUGGUGGUAUUAUUUAUUUCUGUUGGAAGAGGAGGCCGACAAGCGCUGAUAAGCCAUGGUGACCUCUGUUCGCCUCUCCUCCUUGGUUUCGCCUGCUCUGGCGCAUGAGCAGAGCCAUUCGUUGGCCGCUGCUGUUUUGGUUUCGAUGGGAUCAGCAUUUCACCGUUGCUGCUGCCGUUGCUUUCGAAGUUGUUGGUGGUUUUCUAAUUUUUCCUUGGAGGAGAGGUGGUAGUACUACUUCCGGGAUGAUCGACCCCUGCAUCGUCUCUCUUAGUCUUAUCUGACACGAUGCUCUUUGCGGGGGUUUCGCUGCUCUUCGACCGCGCCGCGUGUUCGUGGCGGUCGAAUCCGUGCUUUUGCUGCUGCUGUUUGCUUUUGGUCUGGUGGUAUUUUUUUUUCUGUUGGAAGAGGAGGCCGACGAGCACCGAUAAGCCAUGGUGACCUCUGUUCGUCUCUCCUCCUUGGUUUCGCCUGCGCUGGCGCUUGAGUGGAGCCAUUCGUUCGCCGCUGCUAUUUUUUGUUUCGAUGGGAUAAGAAUUUCACCGUUGCUGCUGCCGUUGCUUUCGAAGUUGUUGGUGGUUUUCUAAUUUUUCCUUGGAGGAGAGGUGGUAGUACUACUUCCGGAUGAUCGACCCCUGCAUCGUCUCUCUUAGUCUUAUCUGACACGAUGCUCGUAAUGUUAAUCGCAUUCCUUUGCAUUGCCUCUUGUUGUUCUUCCUGAUUCUCCGGAGUGACUGCGUGUCCGUAGCAAUUUGCAUCCCGGAGACAUCUGCUCGUCUGCUGUAAUUUUACUUGUUCCGUUACUCUGUUUUGCCCCCCGUUUCGGCGCGUUUCAGAAGUAGAAAUUUCUGCAUGUGGGGUGCCUUUUUGUUCGACGAUAUGAGGGUUUGUACCGCCGUUCCUAGAUUCCUCUUGCUCUUUGCUGCUUCCUUGGUGGUAGUGGGACCUCGACGGCUCCAUGCUCUUUAUCACUACCUGUCUCGAUCUCUUAUUUUUUGCAAUUUGGCUUUACGUGCUUGGUGAUGUGCUGUUUGUCAAUCUUGAUGUGGGGCGAUAGAACAGUGACCUCGACAAGUCGACAUGCCAUGCUCCCUGUUGGCUGUUCGUGAACUGUUGUUUGAUUUUUCUCGUAUCAGAGGUUUCUGUUCCUUGAGGCGGAUUAUUUCGUCUAGAUGGAGUGUCAUUACAAGAUAUGUACGGUGUAUUCUUGCCCGUCAUCAUUUCUUUUUCUUUGUUAUACUAGCGCAGGACAUUGUGCGUUGCCAUGUUCUAGAGCCAGGCUUUUCCCCUGUUUCAUUCCUCUUGGUUGAUUAUAAUCUGCACUAGAAAUUUAAACAGUCUGUUUUACCUUCCUUUUUUGAGAUCAUUUCGUGAAUUUGAUAUGUUGAAUAGGGUGUCCAUAUCUUAUUCAUGGUUCUUGUUUAGGACUGACUGACAACUAGUUCCUUCUUGUCUAGUAUCACCUUUACAUAUCGUCUGUUGUUUUUACUAUCGUUUCUUGGUUUAGAUUUUGGUGUUCUGAAUACUGAAUAGAGGCUGUGAAGCUUUUAUGUUUAUAGUUGACAGUAAAAUCUUAGUUUACUUUUGCUUAAUUAUUAUUGAAUAAUAUCCUACAAGCAGAAGAAAUUAAAUUAGCGCACCGGGAUAUCGUUUAUUUCACAUCAUAUAAGCAUCCAAAAAUGCAUUAGAAGAACUUUUGCAGAAUCAUUUCAAAAAUAUUCUUGGCGACUCCUCAUUAAUUCGUGAAAUUUGCAGUACAAUUGGACCAACGAUAUGACAACUUAAGCAUUCAACUUGCAGUAGUGGCAUAUCUAUAUAUUUUCUUUGCAAUCUAAUCCUAGCUCUACAAUUCUACAUGCAGUAACGUACUUGUUCCAAUUGUAUUUUCAAUUCAUGUUUUAUCAAGCUUGCUGAGCAUUUAUACUAUCUGCAAUGCAGUUUCAACACACCUGUUUCUUGUCUGAUUUUGUUUGUGGAGUAUUUCUAUAAUUUUAUAUUCCCACUAGAAAGUUUCAGGAAAGCAAACCCGGCUAUGGGUGCUUCUAACAGCCGGGAUAUUAGAACUGAUGGAGGAGAAAAUGUCAGAAUCAAGUAUGCAGCAGCAUCUAUGCAGGGUUUUGGUCCAAAAAUGGAAGAUGCCUACACAGUUGCCCCAGAUCUAGAUCAUACCACAUCUUUCUUUGGUGUUUAUGAUGGCCAUAGAGGAGCUGAAGUAGCUUUGCUUUGUGCGCGACUGUUUCAUAUUGAGCUUCAGGUCCAUCCAGACUAUCAGAGCAAUCUAAAUAAUGCAAUCAGGAGUGUGUUUUCCAGAAUGGAUCAGGUGUUGCGACAAUCAAAUGAAUGGAGAGAAUUAGUUAGUCCAACAAAUAGUAGGAAUUGGAUAGAGCAUGUCUUCUGUCCUAUUGUCAACCCUUGGUACUGCAUAGAGGAAACUCCUUAUAAACCACCUCAAAGUACAGGAAGCACAGCAUGUGUAGCUGUCACUAGAGGCAACCAGGUCAUUGUUGGAAAUGUUGGAGAUUCUCUUUGUGUAGCCUCAAGGAAUGGCCAGGCAAUUCUAUUAUCCACUGGCCACAAACCAUACCAUCAGAAUGAAAGACAGAGAAUUCAAAGAGCAGGAGGAUAUUUAGACAUCGAUAAUAAUGUUGUGAUAGAAGGAGGACAACUGGGCGGCUUCAGUUUUAUAGAAGGAAAGUUAACCACCUCCAGAGCGAUUGGUGAUUUUGUAUUCAAGAAGAACAAAAAUUUGCCUCCUGAAGAACAAAUGGUGAUAUGCAGUCCAGAUAUUCACGCUAUGGAGAUAACCAAUGAUAUCGAGUUUCUUGUCAUGGCAAGUCGUGGUCUAUGGUUAUCUAUGGCAUAUCAGGAUGUGGUUGAUUUUGUACGCGAGCAGUUAGAAUCCGGGGAGACUGACCUGAACAUCAUCUGCGGGAGGCUCAUGCACCGCGCCCUGCCGACAAUUAUCGACACGACUGUCAUUCUUAUCCAGCUCAAGCACGGUGCCCCCGAUGAUGCCGAGAUCGAGGAGGCCGACGAUGACGAGGAGGUCGAGGAGGACAUCGAGUCUAAUACCAGUGAUGACAACGAGAUCAAGUCUGCAGCCAGCGACGAGCAGCAGCCCUUCGCUCCGAACGGCUAGGCAAUAUAUCAAGAGAGCUCGAGUUCGUGAGAAGCAAGCAGAGAGCACGAGGGGAAAGAAUCUUAGCCGCACUACUGCAUGUGUCCUGAGAAGAAGAGAGCUCUCUAGGGAUUUUGCAGGUUUUGCUAUUGCUGGUUCCUUUUUUUGCCCUUGGUCAAAGACAGAGAGGGUUGCAUCCGUUGCUGUUAUGCUACUGCGUAGUAGGAUGAUAACGCUUUAGUUCUCUUUCGCUCUUACUCUGCUUUGUUGGGUACGUUCCAGAGCAGACUUCGCUUGCUAAGCUGAAUUCUGACGUCGGAUCUUUAAAGUUCUUAAACGAGUUGAUAUACAGUUUUGUUA